UCACACAUCCUCAGCACAGGGGCACGUUCGCAUACACAUUCUUCUCAAGUCAACGUGUGGGGAAGGCAGGGAGUCUGCCUCAAGCCUGGCUCAAACGCGCAGCCCUUAUAAAUCUCACUGAGGACACAAAGAGAACUGCAGUCCUAAAAGCUAUCUUGGAGAGGAGCUUUGAGACUUCUGCACCGUCCACGGGGGAAGUUACCAAUCCUUCAACCAGGACGCCGGACACCUCAUUUAAGCCAUGCAUUUCCAAAGGCAGCUGUGAAUAUCAAUGUUCGCCUGCACAAACAUUUUGGAUUUUUGCUUUAUUCUCAUGGGGGUAUAGGUACCAUUCAGGUUGUUAUGACAUUUUCACUGUUUUCUAAUUGAGAAAAAGGAAAGGCACAGAAAGAAAGGACAGAGAGAGAGAGAGAGAGAGACCAGCAAAGGAACAAGUCACCUCAGCUGGUCAUUGUUUGUUUGUUGCUUUUCAUUACGAUGAUCUGGGAGAUGUUUGCCUAUCACUUCCUCUCACUUGUCUUUCUGGCGGUGUUGAUGGGGAGCGCCAGCGUAGUGGAACAGCGGAGUAGGGGUGCCGAUAGCAAUGGGAGGCGAUACAGCCGUAUCCAACAUGGACAGUGCAUGUACACCUUCAUCCUUCCUGAAAAUGACAGCAACUGCCGAGAAGGCAAAGCAGGGCAGUACGACACCAACUCUCUUCAGAGAGAUGCUCCGCAGGUGGACCUCGAGUUCUCCACACAGAAGAUACAGCAUCUGGAGCAUGUCAUGGAAAAUUAUACACAGUGGCUACAGAAGAUUGAAAACUACAUUCAGGAGAACAUGAAGACAGAGAUGGCACAGCUACAGCAGAAUGCGGUCCACAACCACACAGCUACCAUGCUGGAAAUUGGGACCAGUCUGCUAAGCCAGACAGCAGAGCAGACACGUAAACUGACAGAUGUUGAGAUGCAGGUUUUAAAUCAGACUUCUAGACUGGAGAUUCAAUUGCUAGAGAAUUCGUUGUCAACAAAGAAGCUGGAAAAUAAGUUACUGCUACAGACAAAUGAAAUCAGCAACCUACAUGAAAAAAACAGCCUCCUGGAGAACAAAAUGUUAGAGAUGGAGGACAGGCACAAGGAGGAGCUGGAGGUUCUGAGGAAUGAGAAAGCCAGUCUCCAGAACUUGGUGGGACGUCAGAGUAAAAUAAUCCAGGAGUUGGAAAACCAGCUCAACAAGGCCACGGGGAACAACAGCAUCCUGCAGAAGCAGCAGUUAGACCUCAUGGAGACAGUCCAAGGCCUCGUUAACCUCUGCUCCAAAGAAGGAGUGGUACCAAGGAGCACAAAAAGAACAGAAGAAGAGAAGAGAUACAGAGACUGUGCUGACAUUUAUCAUGCUGGUUUUAACAAAAGUGGAGUCUACUCAAUCAAUAUCAACAACAUGCUGGAGACAAAGAAGCAGGUAUAUUGUAACAUGGAGGCAGCAGGAGGGGGCUGGACAGUAAUUCAACGCAGGGAAGAUGGCAGUGUAGACUUCCAGAGGACCUGGAAGGAGUACAAAAUGGGUUUUGGAAGUCCUUCUGGUGAACACUGGCUUGGAAAUGAAUUUAUGUUCUUGCUUACGAGCCAGCGGCAGUAUGCACUGAGGAUCGAAUUGACAGACUGGGACGGAAAUCACGCAUUUUCUCAAUACGACAGGUUUCAUCUGGGAAGUGAAAAGCAAAAAUACAGGUUGUUCCUAAAAAGUCACAGCGGAACAGCUGGGAAGCAAAGUAGUCUCGUGAUACAUGGAGCAGAUUUCAGCACAAAAGAUGUGGACAAUGACAACUGCAUCUGCAAGUGUGCUGUGAUGCUAACAGGAGGUUGGUGGUUUGAUGCCUGCGGACCAUCUAAUCUCAAUGGGAUGUAUUACACUUUAGGACACAAUCUUGGCAAACUCAACGGUAUAAAAUGGCAUUACUUCAAAGGGCCCAGCUAUUCCCUGCGUGCAACAACCAUGAUGAUUCGACCUUUGGACUUCUGAAUUUAUCUUCACAUGAAUGCUGUUGACACCAGUGGCAUCUACAGAAAGGACUGUGCUGUGCGUCUGCCCUGCAAUGACUAAGCAGUCUGAAAAAAAAACUCACUCAUAGAGCACAAUGAUGACUCUCAAACAUUUUUCAAGUUCUUAAAUCAAUACUUUUUGAGCCUUACAUUAGCUGUUGGACUAUAGACUUGUUGACUGCUGUUUUAGACAUAUCCAUGAAGGAAAACCAUUGUAUCACAUUAUCAAUAUUUUGACUUUGAUAACUAAAAACAUGUAUGUCAUCUGAGACCUUGUUGUGUUAGUUUUGAUGGCUGAAAAAUAGCAAUAAUGUAAACAAGACAAAUUAGUAGCAAUUAUGUUUAAAAUGUUUCAAGUUUAGUAAUCACCAUUUGAUUUUGCAUAGUGUUUCGGUAUGAUCUAAACAGUAAUGUGCAGAUGUUUUGAUUGCGUUACAACAUAUAAGGUAUUUUUUGCACUAUACCCAUAUACUUAAAUUUGUAUUUGACAUAUUUCAGAAAUAUCAUGAUGUUAAAUUAAUCCCCUUCUAACAAUACAGUCUCCACAUGACAUUUCAUGCUGUUGUAGUACAUAACUGUACUUGUGCUUGUGCUUGUUAGUAUGCCUACUAUUUUAAGUUCACUGUAAAAAGUAAAAAAAAAACUCAAAAUGUCUCAGAUGCAUCCAUGUACUGUACAUCACAUUUGGCUAUAUUAUUUACUUCCUCAAAUAAAACAUUUAUCACUUACAGCAAUCCUUUUCAAAUUUAGAUUUAGUUGAGUACAUUACUAUUAUUUGCUGCAGUUUCCUUUUUCAUUUGACUUAUUUAGGGGUCUUAAUAUUAGUUUCUAUUUUGGAAUCUAGUGACAAGUCUUUUAUUACAGUAUCUGCUACAGGAGAUUAAUAUCUACUUCAGUUGCUUUUAUUAAAAUGUUUUAAACUAAUUAAAGAAUUCUGGGAUUUCUAAAAAGAAACCAUUUUUGCCUUUGAAA